AUGCUUUACGAGAUCAAUCUCUGCAACUCGUUCGAUACCACAGCUAUCGAUACUUUUUCGCUGCUCAAUUAUAUAGAAGAGACUCCGGACGAUAAGUCGCCUGUCUGGGUUGGUGGUGGAAUUGUAGCGAACGAUUUUGAAUUUUACACCUACAGUGGCCUAACCGCGAAAGACACACCUGAAGGUCCAAGCAGUAUCAUCAAUGGCAAGCUCUUCCCGUACUCUCGAGGCCAAUUAUUCGACUCCGCAUACCCUCCUGUUGGGCCGUCGCGCUUAUCAAAUGUCAACGAUCGCGUCACCACAGGUGCUUACGCUAGUGGCCCAGCAAAAGACAGGAUAGGCUUCUAUUUCAGUGGCAUGAUCUCUGCAAAUGGAAGCGAGCUGGACUAUUAUGCAAUGGACAGCUCAUCCAAGCAUGUAACGAAUGCUUCUUCAAGCUUCGUCAGGAUUGACAUGCAGGAUCCGAACAAUGCCAGUUUCUCAAGUACAACCUUGCCUCCAGCCGUUGUGCUCCGUGGUGAAUCGUGA